AUGGGCUGUUUGAUGGCUAACGUGUUUGCCCUUUCGCAUGACAGGUCGCGAAUCCCGAUUGGUAUAGCCGUCCUUGGCCUACAGGAGGAUCAUAGUCCUCCACCUCCAGCUGCCAUUCCAGCCACAAGGUCACGAUUACGAGGACCCAGAGCAGACCGCUACAGCGGCCGUGACGACCGCCGUGGUGGCGAGGAAUCUCGCGGUGCUGGUGGUGGUGGCGACCCCCUCAGUCUCUGCCGACGCCUAACACCAAAGAACCAGAAGGCAAGUUGGCCUUGA